GACUCAAUUAUAUAUAUAUAUAUAUAUAUAUAUAUAUAUUGAUAUAUGAAGAGCAAGGAUAAUGGAGACAAUGGAUGGUUGCUCCACAAGGUACUGUUACUACUGCACCUUGGCAAGGACUAGGAGUCCUUAAAUUAAGCGAGAGAAGGGUUUUGUCCUCAUCUUGAGGUUUAACCAUAUGGUAUGGCAGUUUGGGCUUUCCACAGGCACGUGAUUGAGGGGCUUAAGUAGGGAUUUUGUCACCCCAUAAGCAAGCAAGAAAACAAGCAGCAAGCUUGGGGUGAUGUAUAAACGAGAGACACUUCAACAAUUAAUUAGUCUGGCUUUAGUUUUAGUUAUUUUCUGAGUUCUACUUUCUCUACUUUUUCACUUUAUCUAUUUUUUCGCUUUUAAAAGCCCACCAACACUCCAUGUGCGCAUCAUCUUCCCCACCACCCCAUAAUGCUUGCUGCUCUUUUACAAGGGAAGCAUCUUCUUUUUUAGAGAGAGAGAGAGAGGGAGAGAAUUGCAGUUUUAAUCAUGGAGGUUCUACUGGCAUUUGCAUGUGCAUCAAUCACCCCGGCCCACUUACAAUAUUCUGUGUAUCCACCACUUGGUCUCAUCCCCUCAAUUCAAUAUUGAGCCCCGCAUACUCUCUCUCACUCACUCUCUCUCUCUCUCUCUCUCUCAUCCUCACUUGGCUGAGUUUUUCGUGUGAAAAAUCUGCCCGCCUGGAAUUGAUCUAGCAGUUGAUGCAUUAUCUGCAUGCAGCCUGAGAUGAGUAGCACAGAACCUUGCAGUCGAUCUUGGUCUAUAAGCGAGGACUCGCUUAGAAGGUACGUGUACUUUGCAAGUGAAAGCUGCAUACAGGAAUUACUGCUAUCAGCUUCAGAUGCCAACAAGCAGGUCGAGAAUGGGGAUGGAAAUGGGAAUGGGAGUGAUGCUUGGAAGGUUCUGGCAGUGGACAACGGGGUAGAGAUAUCAAAACGCAGAUCGGGCUCACUUCACGUCUUUCGUAGCCGUUGGCUCGUCACUUCUGUCUCGUCCCACCAGUUCAUUACUGUCGCCAACGCCAUUGAUGCUGCUAAACAAUGGGAUCCAGAUUUGGUGGAAGGAAGGUAUAUAAAAGAUCUGGAAGAUAACCUCAGCAUCAUCCGUCUCAGGUUUGGGGACAGCUCUAAACCUCUUUUCCGAAACAGAGAAUUCAUCGUCUACGAGCGACGCGAAACUAUGGACGAUGGCACCCUGGUUGUGGCAGUAGCUUCACUCCCAAAGGAGAUAGCAGCUGGGUUGCAUCCAAAGCAAAAUAAUUCAAUCAGAGGGCUGUUGUUGCAGUCGGGAUGGGUGGUGGAGAAGCUUCAAGAUGACUCCUGCAUGGUUACUUAUGUUAUUCAGCUAGAUCCAGCAGGAUGGCUGCCAAAGUGCUUCGUGAAUCGACUCACCACGAAGCUUGUUAUGAUCAUCGAAAACCUUACUGCUCAAGCCCAAGCUUGUCCAAGCUCUAAUGCUAGCUGAUACUUGCGAUUAAUUAGAUUCUGUAAAAUUAUCAAAGGAACAGAUCCCAGCAGAGUCUUUUAUAGCCAUGCCAUCAUAAUAGUUGAACACCAUGCAAUACCUAUUCUCUCUCUCUCUCUCUCUCUCUCUCUCUCUCUUCCUCUCUCUCUCUCUCUCUCUCUCUCUCUCUCAGGCUAGCCUGGCGGGGCAAUUGAUUGUAUAUGUUGGUGUGUUCAUGGGAAUACUUUCAAUCCCUUUUCUCGUUCUGUUUAUUUAUGGACAAAGUUGAAUGGAGAAAAGACCUCUGCAUAUCUAAGGAGGAUGUCACGACUGACCAAGUUUCGAAA